UCGGCCAACCCUAGAAUCGCUCGUUGCUUGUCCCUCCUCCCGUGUGCGGCGCCGCCGCUGCGCACAGGACAGCGAGCGCUUCCACCCCAUCUCCUCGCCCUCGUCCACUUCUCCGGCCAAGCCGCUCACUUCUCCUCGCCCUCGUCCACUUCUCCGGCCAAGCCGCUCACUUCCACCACUUCUCCUCGCCCUCGUCCACUCCUCUCGACCUCACGAGUCCUCACCAGAUCUGAAGCUCGUAGGCAGCAGGGCUCCCUAGACUGCAGCAUGGUGCUCGGCGGCUGCGGCAACGGAGCUGAUGGAGCACGAUCCGACCAGUUCAACGGAGGCAGUAGCACGGGGCAGCGGCAGCAGCAUGGAGGGCGUCCGCUUGACUGGGAAGGUGAUGGAACUGCAAAUAGGAGUGGCAGCGGCAACCAUGAUGCAGGAAUUAAAGAUAAUAACUUAUAUGAUCCUUGGAACCAUACAUGGCCGUAUUCUGGGGGUUUUCAUUGUAUGUACUGUGGCCUAAAGCACAAAGGUGGAGGUGCAACCCGUGCCAAGGAGCACCUUGGUUGGAUUGUAGGUAACGUGAGGAGCUGCCCAAAUGUGCCAAGAAAUGUGAGAGAUGCAAUGAGGGAGUGCCGGGAUGAAUCGAAGAGGAAGAAAAGAGAGAAACAAAAUAGCAGGCUGAGAAUUGAAAGAAAUAUUAUGGAAGGGCUGUAUCAACAAGGAGGGAUGAUUAACAUAAUAGAUGAUGAUGAAGAAGAAAUUCAGAUGAAUAUUAGAGAGGCAUUGCGUGACCCGAAUGUCUCCCGCAGAGUUGAUAGGAGGAUUGGCAAGGGGAGUGUGGGUGACGUGCGAGUUGCUGUUGGCAAAAGGAGUAUCACCGCAUAUUUUGACAAGCAAUUAUGCAGCAACAAAGUAUCUAUGCAGCCCAAGAUCAGUAGUGCUUUGGAUCCUAAUUCGAGAGAUGCACUUGGCCUAACUUGGUCCAAGUUUUUUCAUGCCAAUGAUAUUGCUGGACGUAAAGCUGACUGUCCAUACUUCCGAGCUGCUUUGAAGAUCACUCAACAAUUAGGGCCUACUCCUAUACCAACCGCGAAGGAGAUUGAUGGAAAAUAUUUGGAUGCAAACUAUGAUGAAGCAACUUCGUUUCUUCAGAAAUUCAAACAAGAUUGGAAAAACUUCGGUGUGACCCUUAUGUGUGACUCUUGGACUGGUCCAACAGGAAUGAGUCUCAUAAACUUCAUGGUGUAUUGCAAUACACGAAUGUUCUUCCUCAAUACUAUUGAUGCAUCCGGUCAGACUCAGAAUUCAGACUUUAUCUAUAGAGAGAUUGAGAAGGUUGUAGAAGAGAUAGGCCAUGAACAUAUAGUUCAAAUAGUAACAGAUAAUGGGUCCAAUUAUAAGAAAGCUUGCAAAACCCUUAUAGAAGAACCAAAGUACUCUCAUAUUGUUUGGCAACCGUGUGCUGCUCACACCGUCAAUCUUAUGUUAAAAGAUAUAGCCAAAUUUCCUGAGGUUGAUGUGAUAGUCAAGAGUGCCAAGACAAUCUGUAGGUUCUUGCAUAAGCACAAUAAUCUACAUGAUAACAUGAAGAAGAACAUAGGUGGUGAACUAAUUAGACCAAAUGCCACCCGGUUUGGGACUGUCUUCAUGUUCCUUGAGAGUUACCAUUUGAAGAAAGAUAAAUUUAGGGAGUGGAUGGUUUCUCAGGAUUGGAAAGAGUGUCAGUGGAGAUAUGAGCCUGGAUACGUGUUUUCUGAAGAAUGUUUGUCUAGUAAUGUUUGGUGGAAUGCACUAGAGUGGGUACUAGGUUCGUUAAGGCCAUGA